AUGGCGGAGGCUCACCAGGCCGUGGCCUUCCAGUUCACGGUCACCCCCGAGGGCUUGGACUUCCAUCUGAGCCGCGAGGCCGUGCGCCAGCUCUACCUGGCCGCCGUCCACUCCUGGAAAAAGCGCUUGGUCCGCGCCAAGAACAGUUUCCUGACCGGCGUGUACCCCGCGUCGCCCUCCAGCUGGAUGGUGGUGGUGAUGGCCACCGCCGGCUCCUGCUACUGCCAGGUGGAUCCGUCCCUGGGGCUCAUUGCCCGCAUCCAGCACUGGCUGCCCCGCAGCGAGGCACUGACCCCCCAGGCCCAGACUGUGGUCAGCACCGUGGUGUUCUCCACCGGGGCAUGGCUGGCAGCUGUGCUGCUGUUCCGGAGGGUGCUCCGGCUGCUGCUGUCCUACCACGGCUGGAUGUUCGAGCCCCACGGGCACAUGAGCCGCAGCACCCGGCUGUGGAUUGCGCUGAUGAAGAUUAUGUCCAUUCGCAAGCCCCUCCUCUACAGCUUCCAGAGCUCCCUUCCCAAGCUGCCUGUGCCCCCCGUGAAAGCCACCAUCGCCCGGUACCUGGAGUCGGUGCGGCCGCUCUUGGAUGAUGACAAGUAUGCAGAGAUGGAGGCGCUGGCCAAGGAAUUCCAGGAGAAGACAGCGCCGCGGCUCCAGCGGUACCUGCGCCUCAAAUCCUGGUGGACAACCAACUAUGUCAGUGACUGGUGGGAGGAGUACAUUUACCUGCGCGGCCGCAGCCCCCUCAUGGUCAACAGCAACUACUACGCCAUGGAUUUCCUGUACGUGACCCCCAGCCCCAUCCAGGCUGCGCGAGCGGCCAACGUGGUGCACGCGGUCAUGCUCUACCGGCGGCGGCUGGACCGGGGCGAGAUUCCCCCGAUGAUGGCGCUGGGAGUGGUCCCCAUGUGUUCGUACCAGUCGGAGCGGAUGUUCAACACCACCCGCAUCCCGGGCAAGGAGACCGACACGCUGCUGCACCUGGCGGACAGCAAACACCUGGCAGUGUACCACAAGGGCCGCUACUACAAAGUGUGGCUUUACUACGGGGGGCAGCUGCUGCCCCCCGCCGACCUGGAGAUGCAAUUCCAGAGGAUCCUGGAUGAUCCCUCCCCUCCCCAGCCCGGCGAGGAGCGGCUGGCGGCGCUCACGGCCGGGGAAAGGGUACCCUGGGCCGAGGCGCGGGGGCGGUUCUUCAGCCGCGGCCCCAACAAGGUGGCCCUGGACGCCAUCGAGCGUGCGGCCUUCUUCCUGACACUGGACGAGGAGGAGCACGGCCACGAGCCCGCCCGGCCCGGCUGCAUGGACGCCUACGCCAAAUCCCUGCUGCACGGACACUGCUAUGAUCGCUGGUUUGACAAGUCCUUCACGCUCGUGGUCUACAAGAAUGGCAAGGUCGGGGCCAAUGCUGAGCACUCCUGGGCCGACGCCCCCAUCGUGGGGCACCUCUGGGAGUUCAUGCUGGCCACGGACAAGUUCCAGCUGGGGUACACAGAGGGGGGGCACUGCAAAGGGGACCCCAGGCGGCAGCUGAGCCCCCCCCAGCGCCUGCAUUGGGACAUCCCCCCCGAGGGGGUGGCAGCCAUCGAGGCGUCACUGCGGGUGGCACGGGCGCUGGCUGAGGAUGUGGAUUUCUGCUGCUUUGCCUUCUCCACCUUCGGCAAGGGGCUCAUCAAACGCUGCCGCACCAGCCCCGACGCCUUCAUCCAGAUCUCCCUGCAGCUUGCGCACUUCCGGGACAAGGGCUGCUUCUGCCUGACCUAUGAGGCCUCCAUGACACGGCUGUUCCGCGAGGGCCGCACUGAGACCGUGCGCUCCUGCACCUCCGAGUCCACGGCCUUUGUGCGCAGCAUGGCCGACCCCCGGAGCAGCCGCUCAGAGCGGCAGCGGCUGUUCAAGGCGGCAGCCGAGAAGCACCAGCAGCUCUAUCGGCUCGCCAUGACCGGCGCGGGCAUUGACCGCCACCUCUUCUGCCUCUACCUGAUGUCGCGGUACCUGGGCACGCAGAGCCCCUUCCUGGCCAGGGUGCUGGCGGAGCCCUGGCGCCUCUCCACCAGCCAGACCCCGCAGCAGCAGCUCAAGAUGUUCGACCUCAACAAAUUCCCCGACCACGUCUCCAGCGGCGGCGGCUUCGGCCCCGUGGCAGACGAUGGUUAUGGGGUGUCUUACAUCAUCGCCGGGGAGAACCUCAUCACCUUCCACGUGUCCAGCAAGUUCUCCAGCCCCGAGACGGACUCGCAGCGUUUUGGCCGCAACAUCCGACAGGCCAUGCUGGACAUCGCGGGGCUCUUCGACAAACCCCCCACUGAGGCCGGGAAACCCGUGUCCGUGCCCAUCGCGGUGAUCCGCAUCCAUCCCCGUGCCCAUUCCCGGAUCUGUACCCACUCCCAUCCUGCUGAUCCAUACCCAUCCCCGGACCUGUACCCAUCCCCGGAUCCAUACCUAUUUCCAUUGCAGAGAUCCGUGCUCAUUCCUGGACCCGUGCCUGUGCCCAUCCCCAUGCCCGUGUCCAUCGUCAGAUCCGUACCCAUUCCCAUCCUACUGAUCCAUGCCCGCCCCGGCGAUGCAUGCCCGUCCCCGGAUCUCCGGUGUGACGGGGGUGCGCAGCGGGGCACGGCGGCACGGGCGGGCCCUGCGCAGAGCCCUUGGGCCGUGUCCGGCCUGGGGGUCACCGCGCCCCGGGUGGCACUGCGCUGGCACUGUCCCCUCCCUCCCUCCCUGCCGCCACCACCCGCACCCGCCCGGCGCCGCCAGCACGGAGCCACUGUCCGUGUCCCUCUGUUUGUCCCUCGGUCCGUGUCCCUCGAUCCGUGUCGUCCUCGGCCGCCCCCUCCCUUAUCAGACCCUGAUCUGACCACACCCCAGCCCGGUACCCCCGGCAACUUCACCGCCCCCGUCCACACUCAGGGAAGGGUGAGGAUGGGUCCCGCCGCCUUCCUGGGGCUCUGCCUGCUGGGGUGCCUGGUGCUGCCCCCCUACCUACCGGGAGCUCAGGCCACCAGGUGUCCCCGGGGGUGGCUGUCCUUCGAAGGACACUGCUAUGGCUACUUCGGGCAGCAUCUGAGCUGGAGGAGGGCUGAGGCGUGGUGCCAGGCCACCCGCGGGGGCCACCUGGCGUCGCUGCACAGCCCCGAGGAGCACCAGGCGCUCGCCGCCUUCAUCGCCCGGCGGCCGCGGCGGGGAGAGGACGACGAGGAGGGGGAGAAAGAGAGGGAGAGGGAGAAGGAGGAGAGCGUCUGGAUCGGGCUGCACCGGCGGGUGCGCCACCUGAGUCGCCAGGGCUGGCUCUGGGCUGACGGUUCCCCGCGGCAGUACUGGGCCUGGGAGGGGGACGAUGGCCCCAAGGGACAUCCCUGCAUCGCCCUGGAGGACUCCGCAGGGUUCAUGGCCUGGGAGGGCGAGGCCUGUGGGGAGCGCAAACCCUUCGUCUGCAAAUACCCGGCCUAG